CCCGCCCGGCUCUUCCGGCCGCGCCGCGGCCGCGCCGAUGGCGGUGAAUUACGCGGCCGGGCUGUCCCCGUACUCGGACAAGGGCAAGUGCGGCCUCCCCGAGAUUUUCGACCCUCCGGAGGAGCUGGAGCGGAAGGUGCAGGAGCUGGCAGACCUGAUCCGGAGCUCCUCCAAUGUGGUGUUUCACACAGGAGCAGGGAUCAGCACGGCCUCGGGGAUCCCUGACUUCAGAGGUCCCAAUGGUGUCUGGACUAUGGAAGAGAAAGGGCUCUCCCCAAAAUUCGACACCACCUUUGAGAACGCCAGGCCCUCCAAGACUCACAUGGCGCUGCUGGGGCUGCAGAGAGUGGGAAUCCUGAAAUUCCUGGUCAGCCAGAACGUGGACGGCCUGCACGUGCGGUCAGGAUUCCCACGGGACAAGUUGGCCGAGCUCCACGGGAACAUGUUUGUGGAAGAGUGCGUGAAAUGCGGGAAGCAGUACGUGCGCGACGCCGUCGUGGGCAGCAUGGGGCUCAAGCCCACGGGGCGCCUCUGCAGCGUCACCAAGGCCCGGGGGCUGCGGGCCUGCAGAGGGAAGUUACGAGACACUAUUCUGGAUUGGGAAGAUUCCCUGCCCGACCGUGACCUGACACUGGCAGAUGAAGCCUGCAGGAAAGCCGAUCUCUCCGUCACCCUGGGGACCUCUCUGCAGAUCAAACCCAGCGGGAACCUCCCACUGAUCACCAAGAAGAGAGGAGGAAAGUUGGUCAUUGUCAACCUCCAAGCAACCAAACACGUGGCCUCUCUUAGCAGGCAAACAGGCUGGGAGUCCUGGGUUGGAGGGUUUGAACCUGCAACUCCUGCUGAACACGCAGAGAUUGCAGGACCGCCAGGCCGACCUGCGCAUCCACGGCUACGUGGACGAGGUGAUGACCAAGCUGAUGAAGCACCUGGGGCUGGAGGUGCCCGAGUGGACGGGGCCGGUGGUGGUGGAGAGCGCCGAGCUGGCCAAGGCCGAGCAGCUGCAGGGGCGGCUGAAGGAGGAGCCGCUGUCCCAGCACAACGGCACGGGAGCGCCGUGUCCCGGGAACGCGCCGCUGGAGCGCCGCGACGGGCUCAAGCUGGAGUGUCCCAGCCCGGACACGGGGCCGACACCGGUGAAGAAGAUGAAGGUGGAGCCUCUCCUCACCUGACCUGGACUGUCCCUGUCUCACCUGGGCUGCUUUUCCUACCAACUUUUUUUUAUACCCUUAAAUAUUGUCCCUUUUUUUAUGUCAGUAUUAAACACACUUGAAUUGUG